AUGAACCCAAACACCGUCGAAGGAAAUGUCGACUACAGCUACGCAAACCCUCUAUCAUCGAGCGGAUCCGAUUACCCUUGUAAGGGCCACUUGAGCGUGCUGGGCACCUCAGAAGCAGAUCCCGUCGCUACCUGGAACGCUGGCGAGGAUCACACGAUCACUCUUUCAGGCCAUACCACCCACAACGGCGGUUCAUGCCAGGUUUCUAUGUCUGUGGAUGGCGGAAACACCUUCAAAGUCCUUCGAAGCGUCAUUGGCGGCUGCCCUGCCGGGGAUGGCUACCAGAUCUCGUUCACUCUGCCUGACGAUACUCCCUCAUCCGACCAAGCCAUCUUGGCCUGGUCGUGGUUCAACAAUCUGGGCAACAGGGAGAUGUACAUGAACUGUGCUGUCAUCAGAAUUGGGAACGGCGGCAGCGGCAACAACUUUGGCUCCCAACCAGACAUCUUUCGCGCCAAUGUCGGCAAUGGGUGCAGAACCGUCGACAACGCAGACGUGAUGAUCCCAAAUCCCGGAUGCAACGUCGAGCUUGUCAGCUCCAACGCGGUCCCGCCAACAGGCGAUUGCGAAUCAGGCCCAGUGCAAGGCCGAGCGACGAUCCACGAGCAAGUUUUAGCGCUACUGAAGAACUUGCCCGAAGAGGCUGCCCAGGAUGUAUUCCAGAGGAUCAGGUCCGGGGCCGAUGCUACGACCAUCGUGAACCAUGUUGAGGCUGGAGAUCUGUUGCUCCAGAUGGCUGUUACUCCCGAGACGCGACUACGAUAUGACUUCCCCUACCGUUCCGAGAUGCCUGAGAUUUACAUCCAAAACAAUCCUUAUUUGAAUUCGUUCAUCUACGAAGCGGCAUCACUGUACUCUGCACACGGGCAAGGGAGACCUUCGCAUGCCACCGCCAGUGGAUCGCAGGAACUCCAAAGUGUGUACACCAAACCCUUUCACGCAGCACAAGUUGUCGAGCCUCGCUUGUCCGACGCCAAGGUAUCAUGGUGGACUAAUGUGUGCGAUGACGAUUCACUUAUGCGAGACCUCCUCAGGGCCUUGUUCAGAUGCGAAUAUCAAUUUUCUGCGGCGUUCCAGAAAGACCUGUUCCUCGAAGACUUGGUCGCACAGAAGCAAGACUUUUGCUCUUCACUACUUGUCAAUAUAACGCUUGCAUAUGCCUGUGUCUGCUAUCCUCAGUUUUCAAAUCGCGUCGAGUAUUGGAACCCCGAUACGCUCGGUUACCGCUUCCUUGCAGAAGCCAAACGUCUCUGGGAACUGCAGACCUCCGAGCCGCGGGUCACUACUAUACAAGCUGGCAUCCUCUUCAGCGUUUUCCACAAUCUGUGCGGUCUGGAUGAGAUUGGCCAGCCGUACAGAAUUCACGGCGUUAAUUUGGCACGCUGGGCAUACACCGCCUGGGCUCUCUACAACUGGGAAACGCUGGUUGCAUUUUCCUUCAUGAUACCGCCUUUAGUCAAAGAGCCUCCGGACUGGCCAUUGCCCGAUCCGACAAGAGAGGGCGGGUGGUAUGGCGAGAUCUGGCUCCAAUACUCAUUGGUUCCAGGCCUUCAGCCAACUCACUUUGGUCACAUCUUUCGAACGAGGGCCAAGUUUAGAGUCAUCAUGAAUGAGUACUGCGACGCAGCAUUUUCUCCGAAUGGAGUUAUUAGUCUCGAUAAAGCCAAUAGCCUUCAUGAGAAAUUGCGAAGGUGGUAUAGUGACUUGCCAGAGCCACUUCAGCCCAAGACGAUCGCACUUCCAGGUCACUUUCAACUGCACAUAUACUACUACCAUUUGCUACUUAUGAUCUACGAACCCUUGCUUGCCGCCAGCAAAGGUCGCGACGCGACAUUGCAAAAGGUCGUUGCUGAUGCAAAGAAAUAUCUCCAAACCUUGAUCCGCCUCUACUAUCUUCGGCAUGGCUACGAAGCUAUGGACCUGUUUCUCGUGAUACCCCUCAUGCUCACCGGAUACGACUGCAUCAAUGCGAUAUUGGAAGAGAAGUCUGAACAUCAGAUCGAAAUCCUGCGGUCUACGCUUAUUCUAGUUGCAAAAGGGUUGCAGAACCAGCGCCGGAAUCACUACUUGGCUGAAGCACUGUUUCGAGUUAUCAGAGGACGGAUGCGCCCGCAAGAGGUGGUCCUUUUGAGAAGUUCGAUGACUUUUGACGACGACCAGGAGAUGGAGAAACACGACAUGGUGCAGGCGGUGCGCAGUCACUGGCCAGUCAGCAUUGUCAAGACGCAGGAGGAAGUGGACGAUCACAUUCUGACACAUCUUGUUGAGAGUUACGGGUCAUUAAACUUGGAGGAGACAGCACGGUGA